UUAAGACCCAAGCACAGGCCUCAGAGGACAGGCUGGUAAUCUGUGUGUCCUCACUGCCGUUGGGUAUUAGCUCUCCGAAAGCAGGACUUAAGCUCAAAGGUUUUAAGAGCAAACAACCUGCUUUUCACUGUGCUAACCUGACAGCCACAGACCACCUGUAACAUGAGAGCGCUCCAUUUCUUCAUGCUGCUGGGCCUGGGCCUCUUCCUCCUCGCUGCUCACAGUGAGGUGCUGAAGUGUUACACCUGCAUGGGCUCUACAGAUGAAGACUGUAAUCGCCAGGGCUCCAAAACAUGUCCGAGCUACUCAGAUGCAUGUGCUGUUGUCCGUGGACAUGGCAGUGGCGUAAUGAAGUCGUGCUCAUACAAAUCCUUCUGCAGCCAGGCUAACAGCCAGGGCUACAGAGCUCCAGGGGUCAAAGUUCACUGCUGCUACUCUGAUGACUGCAAUGUGACAGGACAUGCCACCAGAAUCAGCCCAGGCUUCAGCUUCCUCCUGGGCCUUCUGUUAUUCGUCUGGCAUCUGCUGUCAAACUAAUGCUAUACCCUAGACAAACUGACCUGGCUAUUAAAGACCAUUACCAUUGUGGAACUUGGCGGAACUCUGUAUACUCUGUGAUUGUUCACAUACAUACCGAUAAAAUACAACACUGCAAAUGUCAGCAAGUGUACUGCCAUGGGAUUGUGCAUGCAAUGCAUAUUAGGUUAAUAAAGCACACACACACGCAUACAGAACCUCUCAUACACAGAUUUAGUCACAUUUCUACUCUGCAUAAAGCAAAUGUAUUUAUUAUCGUUUCAGACUUUCUAGGAAUUCAAAAAGCCAAAAGCCUUUCUAUUCUGUAGGUCAAAUGAACCUAAAUGAACUCUAUUAAUGUGAUAGUUCACACAAAAAUGAAACUCCUAUUGUCAUCAUUUACUCACCCUCAUGUCAUUCUUAAA